GAACACAAAAUAUUUGUACUCUCAUUUUGUUUUUUUUUUUUUUUUUCCCCUUUUCUGCGGUUAGUAAACUUUUGAACACAAGGUUAGGUGAAGUUAACAUACGUUAAAGCCUUAGAAACGGAAUACAAGAUUUUCCGGAGACUCAAUUUUGAUUCAUUAAAAAGUUGUGAUUUCCCCAAAAUAUCAAUCCCCCUAUUGUUGCAAUAUCGAUAAAUAUUCAGCAAUUGCCAUGAAAGAGGAAGAAAUCGGUUCAACAAUGGAUGUGGAUCCGAAACAAUACGAACAAAUCAUAAUCAAUGGCAAAGAUAGCCACAAUAUCAUCUUGUCAUAUCUCAUACAUGGCUGCUUUAAAGACACUGUGGAAUCACUUGUUGCUUCUACUGGAUUAAAAGUAUCUGCCGCUCAGUUGGAGGACAUGGAGAAAAGAAAACGAAUUUUACACUCUGCAUUAAACGGCAACGUGUUAGGGGCGAUUCAACUGACAGAAGAGGUGUCUCCUGACCUACUUGAAAAAGACAAGGGCCUGCUUUUCGAUCUUCUAAGCCUUCGUUUUGUUGAACUUAUUUCCUCAAAGAAAUGCACAGAAGCUCUUGAAUUUGCUCAAGCGAAGUUGACCCCUUUCGGUAAAAUGCAAGACUAUGUUGAAAAGCUCGAAGAUUUUAUGGCCUUACUAGCUUACGAGGAACCUGAAAAAUCACCUGUGUUUCAUCUACUUAGCUUGGAUUAUCGGCAACAUGUUGCGGACAAAUUGAACAGAGCAAUUUUGGCACAUGCAUGCAUGCCAAGUUAUUCCGAACUAGAAAGGAUCAUACAACAGGCAACUGUUGUUAGACAAUGCUUGAGUGGAGAUCUCGGAAAGGAUGUAGUGUCACCCUUUUCUUUAAAGGAUUUUUUGAAGAGCUAGAUCUGCUACGCAACACAAAAAGAUUCCCUUCAGUUUGAUUUUUCCAACACGCCACGGGUUUGGUAUGUUGUAGCUGUAUUUACAUGGUUUUAUGUUUGGUUGAGGUUUCAUCCUGUAAUCACCCGGCCCAACUCAUGGCUCGUUUCCUGUAUAAAACUGUUGUAAUUUUCAACUUGUCAAGGUGGAAGAAUACCCAAAGUACUUGAAAUUCUUAGCA